AUGAGCAAUGCGUUCGGUGUAGCAUGGCGGAUUCCAUGCCCGGGGCUCCGUCCCUUGAGCCUGCUCCCGCCAAAUCCAGCGACAACGACGCUCCGCUCAGUCUGUCGCGAUCUCCGCAUUUCUCCCCCAUGGCGUCCAUAUAGUAUAUCUAGACGGUCUUUUUCGCCUUUGAAUCCGCUCUCCUCUCCUACGUUUCAGUCAGCUGGCCUGGUGCCAAAAUUCUUUCCAUUUGCCUUCCCAUCCAGGUCCUUCCAAACUUCCGGUCAUCUACGGUCUCAGCCCCCCCCGGUUGAACAUGGUGUGCAUCCUUGUUCCCAGCCCCUUUCUGCUGCCGAAAUCAAUGCGAUAUUUGGUCGUGGAAGAUUCUCACCGGAAGCGGGAAACCGCAUUAUCGCCGUUCUACAGGGCCGACGUCUCGCUGGUACCCUUGAUCUUGAUCUCCCCGAUGAUAUAACCCACUCUGCCCGCCAGCCGGCUAUCAAUGCUGCUCUGAAAUGGCUCCGCGCAAAUCACCCACUCGAUGAAGAUGCUGCGAUUCUUGCCCGCAUUGACAAGGAAUAUUAUGAGGAGGAACAAAAGCUUAUCCGUCGAGCAGAGAAUUUGGGUCUGUACAAACCACAGAGUGGCUCAUAUGGUGCAGAACGGGGCGAGUCGAACGACCCCUUCGGAAAGAGUGUUCUGCAAGAGGCGCGAGAGAAGAAUGAGGCCAGACUUCUAGAGGAACAAGAACAAAAGCGCCGGGAAUGGCUGGAAGGCGAAGAGCUUGACCGUGAAAGGCAGCAACAGCAAAUCCAGAACACGGCAGUACAAAAGUUCGAGGAGGCCCCUACUUUGGAAGUCCGUGAGCGAGCGGAUCCUAGUCAACGUCCGGUACUAGCAUGGGUACAGAAGCACUAUAUAAAAGGAACGGACUAUGAUAUCGAUUUAGAAAAGAUGACUACUGCCCGUCGCAUUCUGCCAACUCUCGGAGUAACCCUCCUUACACUCGUCCUUUGCUACGCCUUCGCCUUGAACUACGAACCUCCCACACAGAGAGGUCGUAUGUGGCCUGAUACCCCACCAGCAGCAGCCACAGCCAUGGCGAUCAUUGGAAUCAACCUGGGCAUCUAUGCUUUGUGGAAAGUGCCACCUGCCUGGAGGAUGCUCAACCGCUACUUUAUCAACGCUCCACUCUACCCGCAUGCGCUCGGUGUUGUGGGAAGUGUCUUCAGUCAGCAAACGUUUUCGCAUCUUGCGGCAAACAUGCUUGUGCUGUGGUUUAUCGGAACUAGACUUCAUGAUGAGAUUGGCCGCGGGAAUUUCCUACCUCUGUACAUGGCAGCGGGUGUCUUUGGCUCGAUGACCUCUAUGGUUGCUCAUGUCAUGAUGGGACGACUGAUGGUCACAUCACUUGGAGCUAGUGGAGCAAUGUCUGGUCUUGUUUCUGCUUGGUGCAUGCUCAAACCGGAUGACAGGCUUACCGUCUUUUUCCUUCCUCGCGAAUGGCAGGAAAUAAUAUCCGUCCGUGGGUCUGUAUUCCUCACCGGGAUUGUCGCUUUUGAAUUGUUCAACCUGGUGUCUCCAUUCAGGGUUGCCAGGGUGGACCACUGGGCGCAUCUGGGAGGCUAUCUUGUCGGAGCUAUCUGGGCAACUGCCUACAAUGAAGAAAGGGAGAAGAAGCGACGAGAGGAAAUGACAUGGUUUGAAAAACUUGUGUCUGAGUAA